CACCGUCUCCGGCAAGUUGGAUGUGCGCGCUCCUCACUCGCAUCCCGAAACAGCCUCAAAAACUGUUGAGAUGGGGAGGAUCAGGAAAAACCACUUUGGGAUUUUGACUUUUUCCCUACUGGUGACUUUUGUCUGGACUCAAAGCGUGAAGGACCUGAAAGAUCCCAGCAACAUGCCUCUGGUCAAAGAGACGGUGGACAGGCUGAUGAAGGGAUACGACAUUCGAUUGAGGCCCGAUUUUGGAGGUGCACCAGUGGCCGUGGGCAUGAAUAUAGACAUAGCCAGCAUAGACAUGGUGUCUGAAGUCAAUAUGGACUACACGUUGACCAUGUACUUCCAGCAAGCAUGGCGGGAUAAGCGCCUCUCCUACUCUGAGAUCGCCUACAACCUCACUCUGGAUAACCGAGUGGCCGACCAGCUGUGGGUCCCGGACACUUACUUCCUCAACGACAAGAAGUCCUUCGUGCACGGCGUCACCGUCAAGAACAGGAUGAUCCGACUCCAUCCCGACGGCACUGUGCUUUAUGGACUCAGGAUCACCACGACUGCAGCCUGCAUGAUGGACCUGCGCCGUUACCCUCUCGAUGAGCAAAACUGCACCCUGGAGAUUGAAAGCUAUGGUUACACCACAGAUGAUAUUGAGUUUUACUGGCGAGGAGGAGAGGGUGCAGUGUCCGGGGUCGACAGGAUAGAGUUGCCACAGUUUUCUAUUGUGGACUACAAACUCAUCUCCAAAAACGUGGUCUUCUCCACAGGUUCCUACCCCCGCCUGUCCCUCAGCUUCAAACUGAAGAGGAACAUUGGUUACUUCAUCCUGCAGACAUACAUGCCUUCCAUCCUGAUUACCAUCCUCUCCUGGGUCUCUUUCUGGAUCAACUACGAUGCCUCGGCUGCCAGAGUGGCCCUGGGUAUCACCACUGUGCUGACCAUGACCACCAUCAACACACACUUGCGAGAGACGCUGCCUAAGAUCCCCUACGUGAAGGCCAUUGACAUGUACCUGAUGGGCUGCUUUGUGUUCGUCUUCCUUGCCCUGCUGGAGUACGCCUUUGUCAACUACAUCUUCUUCGGCCAGGGCCCGCAGCGGCAGAAGAAAGCGGCCGAGAAAGCGGCCACAGCCAAUAACGAGAAGCUGAGACCCGACCCUAACAAGUGGCUGGUGGGAAAUGUAGUUCAGAGAGAUGAUGCUCUGUAUGCCAGAAUGAAACAGAGGGAAAUUGACGCGUAUGACUCGAUGUGGGAUCCCAUCUUUGUGGACGAUGCCGCAUUAGGACUAGGCGAGCAAAGAAAUAAGAUGACCCCCGACGACAACAUCUUAUUCAGCACCUUGGAGAUGAAGAACGAAAUGGGUGGCGCCGGGGAUCUGUCUCGGGGCCUGGGAGCGCCCGGAGACCCCCGCAACACCAUGCUGGCCUACGACAGCUCCACGCUGCAGUACCGCAGGGCGGCCAUGGCCCGCCAGAACUAUGGCCACAGCGCCUUGGAGCGCCACGCUCAGAAGAAGUCGCGCCUACGGAGACGGGCCUCGCAGCUCAAGGUGAACAUCCCGGACUUGUCCGACGUGAACUCUAUCGAUAAGUGGUCCAGGAUGAUCUUCCCCACUGUCUUCUCCUUCUUCAACGUGGUCUACUGGCUCUACUACGUCCAUUAAAGUCGACAGCCAUCUUGAGGCAGGCAUUCAAAGAUGGGAAGCAGGAGGGGUUUGGCUGGUAAAAAAAAGAGAUGGUGUGAGAGCGUGAAUGAGAGAUAAACAGUAGUGCGGGUUCAUUUUAGACGACGCGAGAGGAGAGCGCAAUGACAUUUUGGACAGACAGCAGCACCCAACACUUUGGUGACUCUUUCAGCAUUUGGGAAACACCUUCAGCGAAUGGACAAACACUUUAAAAAGAAGAGUUUUAAAAAGACAGUACUGGUGCCUGUGCCGCAAUUUCAAUAUAUCACUAAUAUUUGUCAUUCGUAGCUUACUCUCUCUGUGGAUCAAAUAUUUAUGCUUGUGUUUGCAUAUACUUUAAGGAUUUGUUUUGUUUAGUAUCUAUUUACUUCGUAGCCGAGCUGUCUGCAUCCGGGAAAGCUUUAUAAAUGAUUUUAAAGGAGUCAUCCUUGAUAGUCUAUUUUCCUAGAAUUACUGUAAAUCCAAAACAUCCUUUAACAGCAUGCUCAUGUUUGAUUUCAUUUGCAUCUCAGUUGUGGUGAGAAGGAUGAUGAUGAUGAUGAUGAGGGAGUGCAAAGGAGGUACGUCUGCAGCUUUGGAUAACAACAGAAGGUGGCGCUCUUUUAUCUGGAGGCGCCAAUGCCGGAGAGAAAAAGUUACAAACACAAGGAGCCGCACUGUUGGACAAGAUUAAGUUUAUGUUUUGCUUUUUCUUCUGCAGCACGGACCGAAUCAAGUCCAUUUCAUCGUGUUUUUUUUCCCCUUUUCUUUGACAAAAAAAAAAAAGGACUCUCGACUCUUCCUUACUUUCUGCCAUUGUGAGAAGAGCUUUAGAGGCGGGCAAAGACUUUAACGUGACCUCAAAUGGUGGAAGAACUUUGCAGAUAUUAGUAGGCUGCCCUUUCAUUGCAAUGAGUUGCUGCAUAAAUAUGGCAAACCACAAUCAUCUUUAUCAGUAGAGUUGAAUGAUAGACGUAUGAUACGUUUCAUUGUGGUUAGGUUUCUGUUUGGGAAAAUGUAGAUAAAUAUAAAUCAUGUUAAAAGAAAAAGAGAUGAUUCAUUUUUAUAAAUCAAUACUCACCUUAUGUGUAAAUAUGAUCAAUUAAUUCUAUUUAACUGUUGUUUGUUUUGCAGUUGAAUUACAGAUCAAUGAUUUUCCAUGACUUCAAAAAAAAAAAAGAAAAAGAGAGAAGCAAUUUAACUGAAUUAAAAAAAGAAAAAGAAAAGAAAAACACUAUUCACAACAUUGCUGUUGAUGUACUUUUUGGACUUUUCCCUUUUCUUUCUUUUUAAUGGACUCUUGAAGCACCUACAGUAUAUUUGCUGAAACUAAAGCACUUCCAGACACCAGUGGCUACUGGGUCCAUGUUUUCUUCUCCGCAAACGACUUAACAAGGACCCCGCCAUCCAGGCAUUGAAGUCAGGCAUAUUUUGUAUAAAGUUUAUGUAAAUUCCAAUUGUAAUAUUUCAUAAAGACUGUACAUAUGUUGUGUAAUGAUUGUCAACAAUUAUGAAGAUGUA